AUGUUAGAGAGCUGGGCCAAAACUAACCCAAUUAAUGUCAACAAGAAUAUAUGUAGAGUAGUACACUUAGGCAGGAGAAAAAUGCCAUGCACAGGUACAGGAGGGGCAACACCUGACUUGACAAUCAUUCAUAUGAUGGGAUCUUGGAGUGUUAGAGGACUGCAAGUGGAACAUGAGCCAACAAUGUGAUGCAGCAGCUGAAAAGACAAUGGGAUUUUGGGCUCCAUCCCAAGGAAUAUUGUGUCUAGAUUCAGGGAAGUCAUGGCGACCUUCUUUCUGCUUUGGGGAGACCUCACCUGAAAUUACACUGUGUCCAGUUGUGGGCAUCACAAUAAAAGGGGGAACAUACCCUGAUUCCAUUUCUGAUUCUAUAUAUCAAUUAAGAAAUGGUUCUUACCUGUGACCAACCCGUCGUCUCUACAAAGCUUACCUUUGUGGCAUGGAGGCCUUCGCCCUUUCCCUUUCAAGCAACCAGCAGGAAUGUAAGUUUACUUUAAAUUAUUUCUUGUCAUCAUUUUUCUUGAUAUCUCUCACGUGAGGAGGGAAUCUUUUCUUCUUCCGCCAGGGCCCAGUCGCCUUUGAGGACGUGGCUGUGGAUUUCUCCCUGGAGGAGUGGGUUCUCCUGAAUCCGGACCAGAAAGCCUUGCACAAGCAGAUCAUGGAGGAGAUGAAUGGGAUUGUGGACUCUCUCGUAGAUAAUGGGGAGAAGAGCCAUGUAUGCACCAAGUACAGGAAGCAUUUGGGACACAACUGGGCCUUUCGUCGAGACCAGCAAGCCCACAGAGAAGAUGGAGGUUCUGCCAGAGAAAGGCCCGACAAAUGCAAUGUAUGUGGGCAGUGUUUUACCCAAAAUAUGGCACUUGUGCUUCACAAGACACCCGAUGCUGGGAAAAGCCAUCUUAAAGGGAAAGUAUCUGCAAAAUGUGUGGUGAAACACAAGAAAUUUCACACAGGUCAGGAACCAUACAGAUGCCAAGAGUGUGGGAAGUAUUUUGCUUCCAGUUCAGCCUUGGUGAGGCUCAAAAGACUCCACACAGGAAAGAAGCCACACCAAUGCCAGGAGUGUGGGAAAUGUUUUGCUUUCAGUUCAGCCUUGGUGAGCCACAAAAGACUCCACACAGGAGAGAAGCCAUACAAAUGCCAGGAGUGUGGGAAAUGUUUUGCUUCCAGUUCAAACUUGGUGAAACACAAAAGACUCCACACGAGGGAGAAGCCAUACGAAUGCCAGGAGUGUGGGAAAUGUUUUACUACCAGUUCAGCCUUGGUGAGGCACAAAAGACUCCACACAGGAGAGAAGCCAUACCAAUGCCAGGAGUGUGGGAAAUGUUUUGCUUACAGUUCAGACUUGGUGAGCCACAAAAGACUCCACACGAGGGAGAAGCCAUACGAAUGCCAGGAGUGUGGGAAAUGUUUUGCUUCCAGUUCAAACUUGGUGAAACACAAAAGACUCCACACGAGGGAGAAGCCAUACGAAUGCCAGGAGUGUGGGAAAUGUUUUGCUUCCAGUUCAAACUUGGUGAAACACAAAAGACUCCACACGAGGGAGAAGCCAUACGAAUGCCAGGAGUGUGGGAAAUGUUUUGCUUCCAGUUCAAACUUGGUGAAACACAAAAGACUCCACACAGGAGAGAAGCCAUACCAAUGCCAGGAGUGUGGGAAAUGUUUUACUACCAGUACAGCCUUGGUGAGCCACAAAAGACUCCACACAGGAGAGAAGCCAUACCAAUGCCAGGAGUGUGGGAAAUGUUUUACUCAGAGUUCAGCCCUUAACCAGCACCAGAGAACACAUACAGGUCAGGAACAAUACAGAUGCCAAGAGUGUGGGAAGUGUUUUGCUUCCAGUUCAGCCUUGGUGAGGCUCAAAAGACUCCACACAGGAGAGAAGCCACACCAAUGUCAGGAGUGUGGGAAAUGUUUUGCUGAAAGUUCAGCCUUGUUGAGCCACAAAAGAGUCCACACCAGGGAGAAGCCAUACAAAUGCCAGGAGUGUGGGAAAUGUUUUGCUUUCAGUUCAGCCUUGGUGAGGCACAAAAGACUCCACACAGGAGAGAAGCCAUACCAGUGCCAAGAGUGUGGGAAAUGUUUUGCUUGCAGUUCAACCUUGGUGAGCCACAAAAGACUCCACACAGGAGAGAAGCCAUACCAGUGCCAGGAGUGUGGGAAAUGUUUUGCUUGCAGUUCAACCUUGGUGAGCCACAAAAGACUCCACACAGGAGAGAAGCCAUACCAGUGCCAGGAGUGUGGGAAAUGUUUUGCUUGCAGUUCAACCUUGGUGAGCCACAAAAGACUCCACACAGGAGAGAAGCCAUACCAGUGCCAAGAGUGUGGGAAAUGUUUUGCUUGCAGUUCAACCUUGGUGAGCCACAAAAGACUCCACACAGGAGAGAAGCCAUACCAGUGCCAGGAGUGUGGGAAAUGUUUUGCUUGCAGUUCAAACUUGGUGAGCCACAAAAGACUCCACACAGGAGAAAAGCCAUACAAAUGCCAGGAGUGUGGGAAAUGUUUUGCUGAAAGUUCAGCCUUGGUGGGCCACAAAAGACUCCACACAGGAGAAAAGCCAUACAAAUGCCAGGAGUGUGGGAAAUGUUUUGCUGAAAGUUCAGCCUUGGUGAGCCACAAAAGACUCCACACAGGAGAGAAGCCAUACCAAUGCCAGGAGUGUGGGAAAUGUUUUGCUUGCAGUUCAACCUUGGUGGGCCACAAAAGACUCCACACAGGAGAAAAGCCAUACAAAUGCCAGGAGUGUGGGAAAUGUUUUGCUGACAGUUCAAACUUGAUGAGCCACAAAAGAGUCCACACCAGGGAGAAGCCAUACAAAUGUGAGGAGUGUGGGAAAUGUUCUGUUUCCCAUUCAGACUUGGUGAAACACAAAAGACUCCACACAGGAGAGAAGCCAUACAAAUGCCAGGAGUGUGGGAAAUGUUUUGCUGACAGUUCAAACUUGAUGAGCCACAAAAGACUCCACACAGGAGAGAAGCUAUACCAAUGCCAGGAGUGUGGGAAAUGUUUUGCUUACAGUUCAAACUUGAUGAGCCACAAAAGACUCCACACAGGAGAGAAGCCAUAUAAAUGCCAUGAAUGUGGAAAAUGUUUUACUCAGAGUUCAGCCCUUAACCAGCACCAGAGAACACAUACCGGGUAAAAAACAGCCAUUGUGGGUAAAUGUCUGAUUUCAAACAGGACCCUUUGAGAAGUUCUGCGUCAGAUUUGGUGGAGUCCCGUUCUUGUCAUUUGAACCUGUAAGUUGGAGGUCUGUUCUCUGGAGCAGCAGAAAGCAAGCUCUGUGUGACAAUCCUUCAGAGCAGUGGUUCUCAACCUGUGGGUCCACAGAUGUUUUGGCCUUCAACUCCCCUAAAUCCUAACAGCUGGUAAACUGGCUGGGAUUUCUGGGAGUUGUAGGCCAAAACACCCGGGGACCCACAGGUUGAGGACCACUGCUUCAGUGUCAGUUCCUGGAAGGUGUAGGAGACAAAGAUAGGCUCACACAGCUUGUAGCCAUGGAAAACUUUAUUGAAUCCGCCUUGCCAAAAUGGCCGCAAAGCUUCUACUGCCCGUCUUCCGCUCUUUCCCCUCAGUAUAUUGGGUGGUUGCUUCCCUCCUCCCUUCACGUCUCUUCUUCUCCAUUCACACCUCCCUUUCCCUUUGUCCUUUCCCACGUCUGAAGACCAGACCCUGUCAUAAAUCAGCCUUCCCAGCCAAAUGGUCUUCUUUAUCCGAUUUGUUGUAGUCAGGUGUGAAAAGAACAGCUUGGAGAAUGCUGAUCUUUUUGCAUCCUGACAUUCAGAGAGUUAAAUAUGAUUGUCUUGUCACCUCGUCUGAAAAGAAAUAAACCAUAUGUGAUUCCAUCACUUGUUCCUCUGGUCUUAGUUUCCAGCUCCAUUUCCACCUUGGUUUAAAUGUCCAGUUUGUGAACGUUGUGCCCCUACAGACACAUCCUCUGUUUUCCUCUUUAGUCAGGACUGGUCAGCUUGAAUAUUGUAAAUAGCCGUUAUGGGAGGGAUCCAGAGUUAGCCCCUUCCCUUUCAGACAGUGGCUCUCAACCAGUGGUCCACGGACUACCAGUGGUUCGCAAGAACUAAAAUACGGUCUGCCUUCUAACCUUCCCUUCCUUUGCUUUCUUUUUUCUAGCCCUUCCUUCCCCUUUCUUCCUUCUUUCCUUCUAUCCUUGUCUUCUUGUCCCUUCCUUUGCCUUUUCUCUUGCCCUUCAUUCCUUCCUUUUUCUCUUCCCUCCCUUUUCUCCCCUUUGCCUUUUCUCUUGCCCUUCUUUCCUUUUUUUCUUCCCUUCACUUCCCUUCCUUUUCCUUCUUUUCUCUUGCCCUUCCUUCCUUUUUCUCUUCUCUCCUCUUCCCUUCCUUUGCCUUCUUUUCUCUUGCCUUCUUUCCUUGCUUUUUCUUGCUCUUCGCUUGCCUUCCCUUCCUUUGCCUAUCAUAUGUUAUGGACUGGAGUAGAGUACAAUAUAUGUCUCAUUUGAUGCCUUAUGAACUUGAAUGCAAACUAUAAUUGUUUUUAUUAAUCUGUUUAUCCUAUUAUAUUAUAUUAUUGAUGUACUCUGA